AUAGCACUUUGCGAUCUGUUCUGAAAGAGGUUCGGGGCUGGUAGAUCGCUUAUCUUGAAUCUCAAAGUCUGCCUCUCUACUGUGCGGUAUUUUUAUUCGGACCUGCAAUGGAUGUUACGCCCGGAUUUGCAUUCUUUAUUAUUUUACUGGAUCUAAUUCACGUGAAUGGACUUUAUAUCUCCAAUAGCAUAGAGUCUCUGCAGCAUGCCCUGAGGGAGUAUGGGGUGGUGACGCCUGUUAGCACUGACGCAGCAGGCCAGUUCCUCUCAGCUGCUGUCUCUGCACCUCAGCUGGACAUCAGGCAUCAGCAGGGCCGACGCAGGAGAAGAGAGGCUGCCUUCACUUCAGACCCCAGCGAUGGAGACCUGGAGGAGGAAGAAGGCCCAUCCAGGCAUAGGGAGACGCUCUUCUACAAUGUCACUGUGUUUGGCCAGGAGCUCCACCUGCGCCUGCACCUCAACUCCAGGCUGGUGGCCCCUGGAGCCAGGGUGGAGUGGCAUGAGGAGGACAACCGGACCCGCUUCGAGCCACUACGGGACAGUGACUGCUUCUAUGUAGGAGAGGUUGCCAACAUCAGGGACACAUCUGUCGCAAUCAGCAACUGCGAUGGCCUGGCAGGAAUGAUCCGCACCGGUCAGGAAGAGUUCUUCAUCGAGCCCCUGGAGAGUGGACAGGGCCAGGUGGAGGAGGAGAGUGGAGAUGGACGACAUCACAUUGUCUAUCGCUCCUCAGCCAUUAAGAGGCCUUCUGUCAGUCAAACGGGAGACUAUCAUCCCAGAGGAUCAGUUUUAGGUGGUCUGAUGGACCUGGAGGCCUUGUCCAGUAGACUCCAAAACCAGCAUCAGAACAGCACCAAACGAACCCGACGCCAGGCGCAGGAGGAACACGAGCUGUUAAACAUUGAGGUCUUGCUGGGUGUGGACUCCUCUGUGGUCAACUUCCAUGGCAGAGAGCACAUCCAAAAGUACCUGCUGACCCUGAUGAACAUAGUGAAUGAGAUUUACCAGGACCGUACGCUCGGUGCCAACAUCAAUGUGGUUCUGGUUCGGAUCAUUAUGUUGUGUCCUGCCAAGUCUAUGAGUCUGAUAGAGCUGGGCAACCCAUCUCAGAGUCUGGAGAACGUCUGCCGCUGGGCCUUCCUGCAGCAGAAGGAGGACAAGAACGAUGCGGAGUACCAUGACCACGCCAUCUUCCUCACCCGGCAGGAAUUUGGGCCCUCUGGCAUGCAAGGCUACGCCCCAGUGACAGGCAUGUGCCACCCAGUGCGGAGCUGCACUCUCAACCACGAGGACGGCUUCUCCUCAGCCUUUGUCGUGGCUCAUGAGACAGGACACGUGCUGGGUAUGGAGCACGAUGGACCGCCUGGCAAUGAAUGUGGUGACGAGGUGCCGAUGGGGAGCAUCAUGGCUCCUCUGGUGCAGGCUGCCUUCCACCGUUUUCACUGGUCCCGAUGCAGUCAGGAGGAGCUCAGCAAGUACUUGAACUCGUAUGAAUGUCUCCGUGACGAUCCCUUUGACCAUGACUGGCCGGCGUUGCCACAGUUACCAGGGCUCCACUACUCCAUGGAUGAACAGUGUCGCUUCGACUUUGGCGCCGGCUACACCAUGUGUACGGCGUACAGCACCUACGAUCCCUGUAAGCAGCUUUGGUGCAGUCACCCAGACAACCCGUUCUUCUGCAAAACCAAGAAGGGUCCGCCCAUCGACGGCACUAAGUGUGCAUCAGGGAAGCACUGCUUUCAGGGUUACUGUAUCAAACUGACCCUAGAUAUUCUGAGGCAAGACGGAGCCUGGGGAACGUGGAGCACCUUCGGUUCCUGCUCUCGUACCUGUGGGGGCGGCGUGCGAUUCCGGACGCGUCAGUGCGACAACCCAAUACCUGCCAACGGAGGACGCACGUGUUACGGCAACAGCUACGAGUUCCAGCUGUGCAACCUAGACGAGUGUCCCAAGGCCUUGACCGACUUCAGGGAGGAGCAAUGCAAGUUGUGGGACCCCUACUUUGAGUAUGACAACGCCAAGCACCACUGGCUGCCCUAUGAGCAUCCUGACCCGGAUGAGCGUUGCCAGCUGUACUGUCAGUCCAAGGAGACAGGAGAUGUGGUGGCCAUGAACCGGAUGGUCCAGGACGGUACGCGAUGCUCCUACAAAGACCCCUACAGUGUCUGUGUGCGUGGAGACUGUGAGCACGUGGGUUGUGAUAACCAGAUUGCCUCCGAUAUGGAGGAAGACAAAUGUGGGAUCUGUGGGGGAGACAACUCUAGCUGUAAGAUCAUCAAGGGGAACUUCACUAGAAGCGCUAAAAAAGAAGGUUUCCUCAAGAUACUUGAAAUACCUAAAGGGGCCAGGCAUCUGUUAAUCCAGGAGUUGAAGGGUACCCCGCAUAUCCUUGCGAUGAAGAAUCAGGCCACGGAUCAUCUGUUUCUGAACGAUGAGGAUGAGUUCCCAGAAUCCCGCACGGUGAUAGAGAAGGGGGUGGAAUGGGAAUACCACAACGAUGACGACACAGAGACAGUUCAGACAGUAGGACCUCUCAGAUACGCCACUCUGGUCAUGAUCCGUUCCCAUGGCGACUCCAAAGUGACCCUUUCCUACAAAUACAUUCUUCACGAGGAGCUGCAGUCAUCCAUAGAGAGUAACCUGGUGCAGGAGGACAAUAACUACUUUGAGUGGGCUCUGAAGAAGUGGUCACACUGCUCGAAACCCUGCGGAGGAGGUAAACAGUACACAAGAUUUGGCUGCAAGAGAAAGUCUGAUGGGAAAAUGGUCCAUCGCACCUUCUGCAUGAAUAUCGACAAGCCCAGAACAAUCAGCAAGGACUGCAACCACAAAGAGUGCUCCCAGCCAGUCUGGGUCACUGGAGAUUGGGAUGAAUGCAGUUCCAGCUGCGGGAAGACUGGCUACCAGAUCCGCUCCGUCCGCUGCCUCCAGCCCCUCUCCGGCGGCGGCCAGCGCUCCAUCCACAGCAAGUUCUGUAACGAAGACAGGCCGGAGGGAAAACGCCCGUGCAACCGGCAGCAGUGUCCCACCCAGUGGAGGGCAGGGCCCUGGUCCCAGUGUUCGGUGACAUGUGGCAACGGGACCCAGGAACGCCAGGUUUUGUGUAGCUCGUCCGAAAACUCUGUGGGACUCUGCAUGGAGGCUAAACCUGCCACGCUCCGGAGCUGCCAACUGUUCCCUUGCUCGGGUGACGGAAGGAACUUCUUGAUCCAGUGGUUGUCACGGGCCAACCCGGAGUUUCCCGCUCCAAAGAUCUCCUCAAGGCAGUGUAAAGGAGACAGGUCGGCCCUCUGUCGAACUGAGGUGUUGAGAAGCUACUGUUCUCACCCAGCCUUCAGACAGAUAUGCUGCAUGUCCUGCGGUGAUGGCAACGUCACCGCCCAUUCCACCCCCACCAUCCCCACCUACACCAGACCCCCCCCAACAGCCCUCACCGACAAACCCAACCCCGGGAGCUCUACCACCAAUCGUGCAUAUGUGGAGCAGGUUACAGGGCAGUGUAAAGGAGACAAGUCGGCUCUCUGUCGCACUGAGGUGUUGAGGAGGUACUGUUCUCACUUUGGCUUCAGGCAGUUGUGCUGCAAGUCUUGCCAUGAUAGGAACUUCACCACUACGCAGCAGACCAUCACCACAGGGCCAUGGAGGUCCACUGCGCUCUCCGGACCUACUCCCACCCCCGCCAACACCACCGACUCAGUGAUCAUCGCAACAGUAGCACCCGAACCCACCACCGGGAUCUAUACCACUGACUUUGCGUAUGUUGACUAUGACGAUUAUGAGGAGGAAACAACCAAGGCCGAUGUCCACAGCACCAUGGCAACGAUUAGUCCUAGCAGGAAGUACAUCACCACUGCAGUAUUAACCACCAGACACCCCACGUUUACAUCAGGGAGUCCCACAUCUCCACCCACCACCACCGGGGAAACUACAGUUUCCAGAACUGCCGUCACCACCACCGAACCUACUGCUGGUACAGCUGUCCCCGAGUUCACCACGCCCACCACAGCUUGGGUUGAUGUUAAAAUGCGUAAGUCCUGGACAACCUUGGACCCUCCCACCCCCAGACCUAAAGGAGAGAAACGCCGGAAAAACGUCACGACACAGCGGCGUCCCAGUGUCACGCAGUCACCCCCCACCAUCGCCCCCCACUGGACAGAGGAAAGGAGCGAAAACAAUUUGGUUGACGUGCCAUACAGGAUCGUCGGUGUAGAUAAUGAGGUCUCUCAAAAUCACUUUGUACCCAGAAGACGUACUCCGUUCCGAGAAACAACACGAAAUAAAAGGAUACAAGAGCUCCUAGCAGAGAAAAGGAGGCAAGAAUUACUGCUCAAACGGGCAAAAAGAAAACCAGGACCUUGAUGUCAGUCACUCAUCUCAUAUCUGUUUCCAAUAAUCCAUCCUCAACACAUUCUAAACCGAUGUUUGUGCUCUGUAGGAGAUUAGGAGAAACCACUCCUUCCACUUAUCUGUGUAAAAAUGAAAAUGUGCUAUGUGAGGCUUGGCUUUUGGAAUGUGGCAUGCUUUUUGUUUUAUCCAAUCAGGAAAUGGUAUAAAAAUGGAUGAAAACGUCCAAAACAGACACAAUAUUGGGAAAUGAUUAUCCAAACUCUGCAAUUACUUUUCUGUUUAUCCACUUUCUUGAGCGAUAAUUGCACAUUUUUACUCGCUGCUUAGUAAUGAAGAGACAUUUUAUUUUUUGCUUUGAUGUCAAUACAUAAUUUGAUUUUGUUUAGAAUGUAUUGUUUUAAUUUGGUGCUAUGCAGCUCCAUUGGUAGAGCAUGGUGCUAACAAAUUGAGGAUAAUGAGUUUGUAUCACAGGACCAUUCAUACUUAAAGAAUGUAUGCACACAUGACUGUGAGUCGCUUUGGUUAAAAGGGUCUGCUAAAUGCGGUUGAUACUACAUUUGUAAAGUAAAUUUGGGUUAGAAAACA